AUGGCAGAAGCUAUCGGGAUUGCAGCCAGUCUCAUCGGUAUCAUCCAGCUCGCAGGACUGACAGUAUCGAUCAGCUAUAGCUACAUUAGUGGUGUCAAGAGAGCUCCACAAGACCUCCGGGACCUCACCAACGAGCUCCAGGCUCUCAGCAAUGUGAUAGUUACACUAAAAGUACACACAGACGAGAAUAGCGAAACCCCCGGCUCGGUCCUGCAUAUGUUGGAAAAGCCGCUGGAGACUUGUGCGAGGGAGCUGGAAGAGCUGCUGGAGAAGCUGAAGAUGAAGGGGAUUAUCGACCGGCUAAAAUGGCCAUUGAGAGAGAAGGAGACUGCGCAAUGGGUGGAGAGGAUCGAGAGACACAAGAUCUUCUUUAUUUUUGCGUUGAAUACGGACCAAAUAUUGGUAUCUCGAGAGAUUAAGACAUAUGUGCAAGAAGAGUCUGUAGCUCAGAGGCGAUGGAGAGAAAGAGAUGAAUCUGUUAGAUUAGCUGAGAAGCGCAAGAAGAUUCUUUACUGGUUAUAUGAGGAUAGCUUUGAUACAAAGCACCUUGAAGUUAGUAAUCUGAGGCAGAAAAACACGGGUCAGUGGUUUUUGAAAGCGCCCGAAUUCCGACAAUGGUACGAAGCAGAGUUACCUUCUUCACUGCUUUGGGGCUACGGUAUCCCGGGGGCAGGGAAAACAUUCAUAAGCUCUGCUGUGAUCAAUUAUAUCGAAUGCGAAUCAACGACAGAGAAUUAUGGGCUGGCAUAUAUCUACUUCGACUACCAGGAGCAAAACCAACAAAAACCUACCCUUAUUAUUGCUAGCCUACUCAAGCAACUUGCAACUCAGAUCUCAUAUCUACCCACAGAAAUCGAGACUCUCCAUCGAAGACUGGAGCGGCAAGAUAAGAGACCCAAUAUUAUGGAGUUGUAUGACGCUCUUUUGGCAGUAUCUAGGCUAUUCAACCGUGUGUUCUUUGUUUUUGACGCACUCGAUGAAUGUCACCCAGAACGUCAACGCAAGGAGCUGCUCCCUCUUUUUCAUCGUAUGGCAAAAGACUCAGACCAGAUUCAUCUGUUUCUUACUAGCCGUCAAUAUCCAGAGGAUAUCCAAGACUCUUUUUGUGACACAGCAAAAAUUGAAAUCUCGGCCCAAGAUGAAGACGUCGAAAUGUAUAUUCUGGAGAAAAUCGACGAGAAUCCACGGGCAAGACGACUCGUAAAUCAAGGCAGAUGCAGGGACAGAAUCGUCACUGAACUCGCAGAGUGCGCAAAAGGAAUGUUCUUGCUUGUCCGUUUCCAUAUCAAUUAUCUUUGCCAGCAAACCACAACAAGAGGAUUAUUGGCCGAACUUGAUAAGAUCAGAAGCUCUUCUUCUGGAGAGAGGCCGUUGGAUCCUACUUAUGACAGAGCUAUGCAGCACGUUCGCAAACAAGCCAAAAGUUGCGAGGUUUUGGCAAUAAAAGUCCUUUCCUGGCUGGUAAAAGCCAGGCGGACGCUUACAGUUGAGGACAUCAGGGUGGCCGUAUCCAUAGAGCCAGGCUUAUAUGAGCUUGAUCAGUUCGAUUUGCCAGACUGCACAACUUUGCUAGAUGUUUGCGCCGGUCUGAUUGUGGUCGAUCAGAGCAAUUCUAUCAAACUUGCGCACUAUACUGUUCAUGAAUACCUCCUAAAGAAACUAAUCAUUCCAGACAACGCAGACUUUAUGGUAGCCAUGGCAUGCACUACAUUUCUUUCUUUCGAUAUGUUUUCCAAUUCUAAAUAUCUUACCCCGGAGAUCAAUUCGCACCCUUUCUUUUGUUAUGCUGUCGAAAAUCUGUCCGUUCACCUGCACGAGGUUUGCGAGGACUUGACAACGGACAUGGUUAUGGAUUUUCUUGGGAGGCCAGGCUCCAUCUACUGUUAUUGGAACUCCUUCUUCAAAUUGGACAGCAAAACCGAAAGGUUUGACUUUGCGGGAAGAAAAAGGCCUUUGCACAUAGCUUGUGCAAUUGGACACGUUACGGCUGCCCGAUUACUACUGGAAAAUGGCGCUGAUAUUUCGGCGAGAGACUUCAACGGACGGACAGCACUAUUUCUUGCAGUAUUCCGGGGUCAUGAAUCAGUAGUCAAGCUUCUACUCGAUCAAGGGGCAGAUCCAUCUAUCGCUGAUAUGAACGGCAAAACACCAUUACACAUGGCCGCGGCAGGAGGACAUGCGAAUAUAGCUCUGUUAUUAUUGCAGAGCGGAGCAUAUUUCUCAAAAACGGACUUUGAAGGCUCGGCCUUGUACCUAGCGAUCUCUGAAGGUUCCGAGUCCGUGACCCAGUUGAUGAUUGAGAAUGGGGACGAUUUCAAAUCCGCAGGAAAUCUGGCAAUCAAUACAGCAGUUUCUAGGGGGCACGAGAGGAUUGUUUGUCUGCUAAUAGAGAAGGGGGCUGACAUCUCCACUCCAGACCAUAGAGGAGAGGUGCCACUACAUCUAGCGGCAUCCAGGGGGCAUGAGGGCAUCGUUAGGCUUCUACUCGAGCGCGGGGCUGAUAUCAACGCACGAAGCAUGCUUGCCUGGUCACCGUUGUUUUAUGCCGCGUAUGCUGGAAGGGAAAAUGUAGUCCGGUUGCUGAUACAGCAUGGAGCGGAUGUCACGGCCUCCACCCGCUAUGGAUGGACCGCAUUCCACCGGGCAGCCCUUGCCGGAAAGCCUGCAACGUUACGAGCUCUGAUAGAGAACGGGGCUGACGUUCUAGCGCCAGUCAACGGCGGGAACACGGCUCUCCACAUCGCAGUUUCCGAAGGCUACGCGAAUGAGAACACAGUUCGAGUAUUACUGGAGAAGGGCGCGGACAUCAACGCCCGAGACAAAGACGGGAAAACACCAUUGCACACAGCGGCAUAUGCUGGAAACCGGGGUGUAUUCAGAGUGCUCCUGGAGAACGGUGCAGAUAUCGAGGCACGUGAUAGCCUCGGCCAGUCACCGCUACAUGUUGCGGCGUUAGAGGGGCAUGAGGAGGUAGUGCGGAUGCUACUCGAGAAGGGGGCCGAUGCGUCGGCGAGGAAGAAGGACGGGAAGAGCGUUCAUGAUUGUGCGUCGAGGAGAGGGAGACUUCCGGUUGUAGUACUGAUAGAGAAGGCGCUGGGUAUGACGGCACUCGACUCAAGGUCGAAGACGGUAUAG